GAGCUGUCAGAUGUCAAAUUCUAUUUUCAUCACAAAAAUAUCGAAAGUGAUUUACUUUUUGUUAUUUAAUUUCUUUGCAUUAGAGUUUUGUGCAUUUUUUACACAAUGAUAGCAAGGCCGUGGACAGACGAUUUACCGAAAUGCAAAAAUUCUUGUGUAGCAUCUUAUUUUUCGCGAUUAGGAGGAGGGAAUACAAAUACCACUGAUGACUACCUGUGUUUUUACUGCCAGACUGAAGAUAAUUUUUCCCUCUAUGGAGUAUUUGAGCCACACAAUGGACUGGACGCAGCGAGGUUCAUCAUGCAGAGGAUGGCUGCUGAGAUCCUGUUCCCACCACCAUCAGCUAACACUGACGAGGAGAUUAGAGAAAGACUGAGGAAUGCAUUCAUAUCAGUGGAGAAGGCAUACAUAGAGAACUAUGAUGGUAUGAUUGCAGAGAGGACAAGUCUACAAUAUCAGUUGCAGACACUCAAUGAGACACAGGUAUCCCAAAACUACAACAUCUUGGCCCGUCUAAAAGAGAUAGACGUGCACCUGUCAGGCGGUGCAGCAGUGGUGAUAGCACUGGUGCAUGCCAACAAACUGUUCGUGGCCCACGUGGGAGACACCAGGGCGCUGCUCUGUAGGACUGAUGAUAAUGCUGUGCUGAGGGUCGUGCAGCUCACCGUGGAUCAUAGUCUGAAUAACGAGGAUGAGCUGUUGAGGCUCCAGCAGUUGGGGCUUGAUGUUAAUAAGUUGAGGAAUUCACAAUACCUAGGCAACCAGACCGGUACACGGUGCCUAGGCAACUACCUAGUCAAAGGACUGUACAAGGCGUUCCCUACAAUCAGCGCGGCCGUCACGGAGCCCGUCAUAGCUGCUCCUGAGAUACACGGGCCUAUUAUACUGGAUGAGUCUUGCAGAUUCCUAGUCCUGGUAAGCGCAGGAGUGUACAAACGCAUACAAGAAGCGAAAGGCAGCUACGAACAAACUAACAAGCAGUUAGCACAGUUAAUAGUAGAGAACUUCAGGAAACAUGACUUCAGGAUGGUCAGCCAAUCAGUCCUUGAAGAAAUAGAACAAGAAUUCGUUUCCUACUGCGUUAAAAACAGUCUGACACCAAAACCAAACACCCACAUGUCAUUGUUAAUAAGAAAUUUCAACUUUUUACCCACAAAUGAAGAUGAAAUCCCACCAACACACAGUGUAACGAAAAACGCAUCAGUCCGAUUCAAUCCGAUUGUCCAAUCAAAAUCGAAUACGUUACUCAACGAAAUCGAUUCGGAGAUUUACUCGUCUGGUACGAAUGAGAUUGAAACGAACGAUUCUAAUAUCGAUACUAAUCGGUCUAUUGAAUCGACUUCAGAUAUUUAUCCUGUGGGCAGACCGUUUGAUAGGGAUCGGAAAAUCAAGGGUUAUGUCGACUUUUCUUGUUAUUUUGAAAAUGUGGCGAAGGCUAGGAAGAAUGGGACGCUGCCUGAUUUUAUUAAAUGAUUAGUUUUUGAAAGGUAAAGAGUUAUUCUUGUCAUUAUUUAAAAGUAUUGUGAUACUAUUUAUGUGUAUGCUUUUACACACUAUCAGUAUCGGCGCUCUGAUUGGGCGGCUUGAAUAAACCAACCAAUCAGAGCGUCGAACGCGUUCUCGUUUCGAUUACUUUAAACGUAAAGCAACUAAGGGUACCAGAUUUCGUGCUAAUCGAACCCCUUUUCCAAUCGAGUCAUGCAACCAAUAAUGUCAGUUGGACAUAGAGCUCUUUUUUAAAUUUGUUCUGGUAUUCCCAACGAAAUACCCGUAAAGAGGACUUUAAAAAUAUUAUAAUCUUUACUUUUGAUCGCUCUCAAACCCUAAACAAUCUUAUAUGAAAACUAAAUUAAGAAAUUGUUGUAUUUUAAUGAUUUGUUUAUGAAAUUGGCCACUUUGUAAGUCUU